AUGGCCAAGAUGACCAGAGCCGAGCUUGCAAACGUUCUCCUGAGCUCGAUCAAGAAGAACCCCACGAAGCUGCAGAGCGAGGACGAACUGGAGCUAGACGUCGAACGGCGGUGCAGGGCCAUCCUGGAAGAGCAGAGGCACAAGGAGGAGGAGCACGACAGAACUCUGAGGAUCAUACCCCGCCUGUUUGUGAAGAAGGACACGAAUCGCAAUGAGAUCUCGGAGAUCAUCAAGCAAGAAGCUCGGAUGCGCAUGCUGAAGCGCCAGGAGAAUAUCCUGCUAGAACAGGAGGAGCUGAACCUGAUCUACGACCUCCUCCUCCAGUACUCCAGGCCAGACACGACCGAGGACUCGACGCCAACAUCCCCAGAGUCUGAGCUGGCCAAGUACAAGACCGAGCGGGUGCGCAUCAACUACGACGGUUUCUGUCAGGUCAGGAUGCAGCUGAACGACAAGGUGGAGUAUUACUUCAGGCCCUCCGUCUUCCUGCAGCUCCCGAGAGACAAGCUCGGGUGCAUCUCAGUCUCAAGAUUUUACGAUUACAUCCUCUGCCGAGACGCUCUCCUGCGCAAGCGCAUCUCACUGGCAUGGCAUGACAGCACAGGGUCGGGAUUCUUGACGGAGCAGGAGCUCGAGAACUGGAUCCAAGAGGAGAUUUCAAACUCUCCCAUCCUUUCCAAGUUAGAGAAGAGCUACCAAGCUUUCUACAUCUGUCACGCCGCCCGCCGCUUCCUCUUCCUCUUCGACUCCUCCCAGCGGCACAAAGUCCGCAUUCGAGAGCUUAUCAAGAGCCCGGUCCUCGACGAGCUCCUCAUCCUCCGGCAGGAGCUGACAGAGGAGGAGCUGCAAGGGAACUGGUUCGCUCCUGCAACAGCCCGGGAGGUCUACGAGAUGUACACCAAGCUCGACCUCGACCACAAUGGCCUGCUCUCACAGGAAGAGCUUCUCCGUUACAGGGGAUCGUACCUGACAGAGGCUUUCGUCCAGCGAGUCUUCGAGGAGAGUCAAACCUUCAAUGGCUACAUCGACUUCAAGGCUUUCCUGGACUUCGUGCUCGCAAUGGAGGACAAGGGGUCAAAGUCGGCUCUGCACUACUUCUUCCGUAUCCUCGACCUGCGCAAACUUGGAGCCAUCGGCAUCUUCGAGAUCAAUUACUUCUUUCGUGAUGUUCGCAAGCAUCUUAUCAAGGACGACCUGCCGGCUCCGUCUGUCGAGGAUGUCACUGACGAGAUCUUCGACAUGGUGCCGCUCUUGAGUCACAACGACCCUCCAGCUAAUUCCCUGCAGGUUGUCAGCAUCCUGACUGACAUCGAGGCCUUCUAUCAUUACGACAACAGGGAAUCUCUCAUCGCACAGCAGAUAUGUUCAAGGAGGAGAUAUGAAGGUCCUGAAGUGAGAGGGAAUAGCAAGGAGCCGAUGGUUGGGCAGCGGAAGUUCAGGUCGACGCCGCCCUUAGGAACAGCCCUGCGAGUUGCAGCUCUGCAUGCGGGGGGCAGGGCACAGGAAGGCGCGAAGGGUGUGCCCUGUGCCCUCGUUGUUGUGGACAGCAACAUCCUUGGUCUGGCGGGUCACAACCAUUCUUUCCUCGGCAAGUACGGAGUUGGUGCAUGCCUGACGCCUGCGAGUGUGAAGAUCAAGAACGACUCGUCCAACCCCACGUACUGGCUACGGAGGAUGGGGCUGAUGCAGACUUCCGUGUCGUCUCAAUGCCACAAGGCAGAGCAGAAGUCAUCAAAGCCCAAGUCCAAUGUCAAGUUCUCUGCUUCAACCAAGAGGACUCGUCGCCGUUUGACUGCCCAUCAUCAUGCCUUGCAAGAAACCACGAAGCUGAACUGCUCUGUCAUCCACGAGACGAAACAGCAUGAGAAGUGCGAGGAAGAGCUACACCAACGCCUCAUGCAGCCUCGUCGUGGAUCAGAGGGCAAUACAUGCACUGAGGAUAACGCUGGUGAACAAGCAGGUGUCACCAGGAGAAAAAUGGAUCAGGAGUCUCCUCAAACUACGGAGGAAGUGCAAGUAAAGGCGAGCCACCACAGCGAUGCUUCAGCGAGUGACGUCGGCAGUGUGGAUCUGUGCCUCACGCCUGCAAGUUCUUGUGUUGCUGCUGGAAGGAUGUCGUCCUCAGUCAGUGAGUGUGGGGACUCGUGGAGCGUCGCUUCCGGCUCUCAAUCAUCGUCAUUCUCUUUGAUCUCAGCCCUUCAGCUGGAGUCCAUCGAUGGAACUGGCGCCCAGGAAGGACCGAGCAGGGAGGCCGCGAUGUACCGAGCCGUGCUGCUGAUGUCAGACGGGGAGGUUGAAUGAUCGAAGUCAACGUAGCUGCUGUUGCUGCUGCUGCUGCUGCAUUGUGAAUCAGGUCGAAGUUUCUUCGCGGGACUUCAUUGAUUGUCGACCUACCAUUACGAUGAAGUGGGUCUUAGGACGUACAUGAGAAUUCCUCCAGCGAUUGCAACGUUGAGACUCUCC